UGAAGAUCAAAAAAUGGAGAACAAAAUGAAGCCACUUAAUGUUAUUUUUGUCUAUCUUUCUCUGAAUAUUCAUUUUAUCACUUUCUGCAAUUGCAUCAAUAAGAUUAAAGCGGACGACACAUCGGCAAUUGUGGAGUACCUAGACAUUAUUUAUGAUAAUUUUACAUUGAGUCGAGAACGAGAUAUUGUAAUGGUUUUGGGUAGCACCGGUCCCGGAAAAAGUACGAUAACUCUUCAUCUCACCGGCAAUAAAUUACGGGCUGUCAAAGACGAAGCCACCGGUGAAUUACUAGUUGUUGAUGAAGAUGACAAAAUAGGUACGUCCCCCAAUAUAGCAAAAACCAUUAUCCCCGAAAGGAUGUACGACAGAGAAAAUAGCAUUGUGUAUUAUGAUUUGCCCGGAUACUACGACAAAAACACCGACAUCAAGUAUGACAUUUCUAAUACGUAUCUGAUUCAAAAAUUGUGGCAGCACGCCAGACACGUGAAACUUAUAUUUACGCUGCAUGUGGACACGAUUACCUCAUUGACUGCUGUCGACGAUUUCAGAGAGUUCGUAAUGCAGUCACUUAAAAUUAUUGAGAACUUUGGCAAGUAUCGAAAUGGAAUUGGUCUAGUGAUUACUCAAGUACCUGAUAAUACAUCGAGUAGUGAAGAACAAUUGAUUCGAUCCAAUGUCGAUAAAAUUAAAAGUUUAAUGAACAAAUUGAAAUCUGACAAUGCAGUAAAGGACAAGAAACUCAAAGAUUUCUUCAGUAUAUUGUUGCAACAAGACAGAGAAGGCAGAUAUAGUCACAUCAGAAUCCAUCGAAAAGUAAAGCAAUUGGGAAUGUUGGAAGAUAUGAAAACUCCACAUCUCGAUAAACAGUCUAUAACCAAAAUGAUAAAGAGCCUCUCAUUCGUCAAAAAGGAUGAUGACGAUUUUGGCUAUACACUCUCUGAUAAUACACAAAAAAAAGUUCAAAAAAUUAUUGAAGAUCUCGUCAAGCGUCUGACAAAGGAUGUGAACACCCUUGUAAAUGGGAUCAAAUCAUUUUAUGAAAAGCUCGAAAAACAAGCCAAAAAUAACACACACAAAUUUGAACUCUACAAUAACGCCUAUUUUGCAUGUGAAAAAUUAUCUCAAAUACAAUAUGAAAGUCAUAGAUCACUUGCAGAAGGUUUGAUUCGUGAUUUACCUUCACUUCAAAUCAAUGGAGCCAGUGGCUCGUUGAAGAGCCUAGAGAAAUAUAUUGAAUUCGUUGGAUUUUUCAAUCAAAUGACCAAUUUAAGUACGCCGUCGUCAUUCCUUCCCGACACUAAAAUCCUAAUCAAAAGCUUCGUGAAGGAUCUCGAUAAAUAUAAAGAUAGCAAAGAUAAAUUGAAAAUAAAAUUGGGCGCACAACAGUAUCUAAAAGAGAAGCUGAUCAAUAGAGCAAGUGACAUUUUCGCAGAAAUUGAAAAGUUUUAUUUGAAUCAGGAGAAGAAGACUUCGGAUCUAUCUGUGAUAGAUGAAACAAUGACUUUGGGAUAUGAAAGAUUGUUUGCAUCCAGCUCCUCUGAUCUUUGGAGCACCAAAGACCUCAGGAGGUUCAGAAAUUUAAUCAUCCGUUUUGUGUCGGAUCUUAAAAUCGAAAUACCGGACGAGAUUUUUGAUGACUUCAAAUCAACCAUAAAUACGAUUUUUUCUUUAAAGCUACCGAGCGAAGACAUUUUAUCGAAUCUAUUGAAAAACGAUGCAGUGAAGAAAACCAAAAUCUACCUCUUUGAGACAAUCGAAUGGUACAAGCUCUUGCACGUUGUGCACACCGCUUUAUCGGAAUAUAAAAUGCAAAAUAAAACGGAAUUCGGCAAAGCGAAUGACAUGAUUAAAAGUGUAUCCGCUCUGAUUAAAGGCAAAGAAAAUAAUUCAUUCAAACUUAGUCAAACUAAAAUUUUGGAAUAUGCGAAACGCAUCGAUCAAACCAAAAACACAUUCAAUUUGAAACAAAUGAUACUGAACUCCAACAAACUGAAAAUGUUCAAUGCCCUUUUGGGACUUGUUACUCAAAACUCAACGUCUGAUAAUUCAUCGAAUCGAUUAUUAGUGAAAGGAUACAACGUUAAAUUGAGCGACUUUAAAAAUGACAUCAACAGCAAUGAAAUCCAGCACAUUCGAGUAUUUGCACUCAAUAAGAUUUUCGUUGACAUUGAUAUCGAUAAAACUGGCAAGGAAAAUCAAAUUUUAUUCAUCGCACCCGAAGUGGAAGUCGUUAGCGAAAGAACGAUCAUUUUAAAUGGAGCAUCUGGUGAAUCGCAUGAUGUACCCGCUCCAAAUGAAGCAGUCGCCUCGGGUGCAAAGGGUAAUGGGGGAAAAGCAGGGAAACCGGGUGGCCCAGCUGGUAAAUUCUCAUGCAUUGCAUUUAAGUUCUCAAACAGUGGUGGUUUGAAAAUUCAAGCGAACGGAGGUACAGGCGGUCCAGGCCAAAACGGUGGAUGGGGUGGUGAUGGUGUAAAUGGCACAACCCCACCCUAUGAACGCAAAAGUGGCAUGUUUAUCAGUGUUGAACAAAAAAAUAUUGAUUUAUGGCAAAAAGGCAAUUUCAGUUACACCGUAGUUCCAAAUUCAAGCGUGGAAUACAUUGUUUAUCCACUAAAAUUCAUUGAGCCGGGUGAUGGCGGUGACGGUGGACGCGGUGGCAAUGGAGGAUUUGCCGGAGAAUUGAACAUAAUUGGCUUGAAUAAUUCUGUGCAUAAAUUUUCAUUGUCCAACAAAGAAGGUGACUUGGGAAGAAAUGGAAUGGGUGGAGAGAGGGGAUCGCCGUCACAAGAUGGAAAUACAAUCGAAGUGUCAUUUGGUCGGCUACCGUGUUGUCCAGGUGCGGCGAGUGUAUUUUUUGAUUCGGCAAAUGAUACCUACGAGGUUGGCCAACGCGACGAAGCGAACAAAGGAAAUGAUGGUAAGAGCACACGGGACCUUGAAAAUGCAAUAAAACUCGCCGAAUUAAAUUCAAUUCCUCUAUCACAUUCAAUAAAUGACUAUAAAACUUAUAGUCGAAAAAAUGUGGCACAUUCAAUCCGUGAGUCGGACAUUAGCGAAUUUGUAAAGGAAUUGGAAGAAGACAAAAAGGUUCAAUCACUGUAUAAUGUGGAUGGUUUUAUCAAUGAGUAUCAUAGCAUAGAAGGCCACUAUUUUAACUUGCGCGAGAAGUUACAAUUCAGUCCAGCCUAUGAAUCAUUCGUAACUCGAAUGGAUGAGUAUGUCAGAACUCACAAUUUGACCGACGAAGAAAAAACGGUGUUCAGCUAUUUGGGAGCAGCGGCGCUCAGUAAAAGCAUAUCAAGUGUUGCUCAUCAAAGAACGAUCAUUGAUUUACCGAAAUACAUGAAGCUCGUAAAAGAGCACGUGAAUGACUUGAAUCACGCAAGCAGAGAAAAACAAAUCAAAGACGUCCGAAAACGAUACAUAAAAUCAAUAAGCGAGCAGGUAAAAUCGGCAAGACAACUUAUCAACGACGAUAUUAUCACAGAGAUUAACUCAAUUUUGAAUGAGGGUAAAAACGAUAUUAUUACGUCCGUUAACAAUGUAAUUGAUGACGCUGAGAAGAACUUACAAGAGGCUGAAUUGGAAAGGAGAGAGUUGGAAAAGAAAUUGGCAAUCAAGAGCGUAUUUUCUGUAUUGAAAGGUAGUGCUGCGGUGACAUCAGUAUUUGUUCCAGUUGCGAGUGCAGCAGUGACUGCCUUAGAGUUUGUCGAAGGUAUCGUAAACACAUUCACAGAUGGUGGUGCCAGAGCAAAUCUUGUGAGAAAUGACGAAGAAGUUACUUCAAUCAUGAAAGAUCAUCCAGUACACGAACAUGAGGAAGUAAGUCAACUACUCUUUGAUAUUGAGAGUAGAAUUCAAACGAGUAAGGAUAGUUUCAAUUUCACUCUAAAUGAAAUAAAUAAACUAAAAUCACAAAUAAAUGCAGCCAGAGAAAAGAAUGAAUUUUUACCGCUAGAAGUACUGAAAACCAUUGAAGAGGCUUUGGAAAAAGAUAACGAAGAAAUCAAAAAGUCCAAUUCCGAUGAAGCAAAGAAAAAUAACUUUGCCGAUAUAUUGGAUCGAGUGGAUGAAAUUCUAACCGUUGGUGGCGAUUUCUAUAGUGUGUAUAAAGAAAUUAAAGAUAAUUACAAACAAAUGGGUGAGGUUAAAAAAGCGAUCGAUAAAAUGAAAUCCGAUUUAGACAAAUGGAAAUACAAUGAAAAACGAAUUCAUGACAAUGUGAAUACAAUGUUUAUCGAGGCCAGACAAUAUAUAAAAGAAUUGUAUGAGAGUGCAAAUGGACAGUCGCAGGCCUAUCUACUUGUUCACAAAUGGAAACUCAGCAUGCAAAUACGAAUAUUCAAGAAUAUUUUCAGUGAUAUUACUGAAGAAUUUUCAAUGCACGAUCAAUUCAAUUCUCUUUUCGUAAAGCUAGAAGAUUCAUUAAAUGCAAUAAUUGAUGUUUACAAUCAAAUUGAAAGUCUACUCAAAACAGCCAAAUUUGCCGAAUACAUAUACGAAGUGCAAUCAGAACAUGAGAUUCGCUCUUCAAACAUCGCACUAAAAGACACCAUCACAGAAUUGGACCUAACUAUUCAAACGAAUCUUGUGCGCGAAGAGCAUGAACUAGUGAUUCAUGUAUUCAAACAACAUUAUUUCCCCUUUGCACAAGAGAUUUUGAAAGAAAUGACUUCAAAAAAUAUUCCACUGCCAUCGAAUUUGAAAUUUGAAGAUAUGGAAUCAUUGAAAAACGAAGCCAUAAGACAGAUAGAUAGAAUGGAAGAAGCGCUCAUACAAUGGGGAUCCAAAUUACAAAACACCAAUAACUAUUUACAUAAUCAAGUUGAUUUUUUCGGAAAGGGCAAGCAAAAUAGAUCGCCUUUCUAUACAUGGAAGUAUGAUGAAAUUAAAAGUAAAGUUUCAAAAUUACUAAAUGGAAAAGAAAUACGCCUUAAAGCAGAUAUCAACAAGGGUGUAGAUUUCUUUGCAAUAAAGUUUAAUCAAAUUGGAAUCAAUCUGAAAAUUCGAAAUGAAGCAAUAGGAAGAAGAGCGGAGAAAGCUCUUCAAAAAGUUUACGUAGAAAUGAAAAUGAUCGGCAAUAGCUACUAUCGAUGCGGCGAGCGAAUAUAUUACACACCAGCAGACGAAUCAUUUAUAAUUGGACAAAUGUUGUUAUUGGAUACGAAGAGAGCUCCUCGUGAACCAAAUGGUCCUUACUACCAAAUAAUGCAAAACAACCAGCCAAUUCUCAGUCCAUAUACAACGUGGAGCAUUCAACUGAAAAACACAACAAACCUAUUAAGAGAACUGGAAAAUGAAGUUAUUGAUAUUGAACUAGUUGGUAGGGGUGAAUUUUUAGAUAAUAAUGAAUAUGUUAUAGAUGAAUAUUGUAAUGAGAACUUGGACGGAUUUUAUACUUUGAAUUCCGUUCAACGCUUCAAAAAACACUGAAAUUCAUUUAUAAAUGCAAGGAAAUUAAGAUUUGGAUUAAGAAUUUGGUUAAAUUAGCUUUUUACUCACAAAUUGUACAUAGUUUAACAUAUUAAGUGUAUAAACAUUCGUUUGAAUUUACAUUUUUAAAUAAAGUUUUAUGAUAAAUAAAAGGUUA